GGCUGUAUGGUCAGCACUGGGUUUCCUGUUCCUCCCCAGGAGCCGGAGCUGCACCGGGUCCAGACCGCGUCAGCCCCGGCCCCAGCAGGACGCCAGCAGCAGCCUCACAACGAAGACCCAACAACAAAUAUAGGCUGGAAGGACUGUGCCCUGACCCCCUGGCUGGACAGUGGUGCCAUGGGCUUUGGGCCGGAGCUGUGGUGCCCGCAGGGGCACAGUGCCCUGCUGCGGCUGCAGGAUGGGGAGCUGCGCCUCCUGGAGCUGAUGAAGAAGUGGAUGUCACAGCGGGCCAAGAGCGACCGGGAGUAUGCAGGGAUGCUGCACCACAUGUUCUCCCAGCUGGAAAAGCAGGAGGGCACUUGGCAGCUCCAUGGCAACCAUGGUGGUCACAUUGAGAAGUCCUGGUGGGUGCUGGUGAGCCGGACAGAGACGCUGAGCCAGACCCUGCGGCGGCACGCAGAAGAGCUGGCAGCGGGGCCGCUGGCCAAGCUGAGCCUGCUCAUCCGCGACAAGCAGCAGCUGCGCAAAGCCUUCAGCGAGCAGUGGCAGCAGCUCAGCCAGGAGUACAGCCGGACGACGCAGCAGGAGAUGGAGAAGCUGAAGGCACAGUACCGCAGCCUGGCCCGUGACAGCGCCCAGGCCAAGCGCAAGUACCAGGAGGCCAGCAAAGACAAGGAGCGGGACAAGGCGAAGGAGAAGUAUGUGCGCAGCCUCUGGAAGCUCCAUGCCCUCCACAAUCAGUACGUGCUGGCUGUGCAGGCGGCCACACUGCACCACCAGCACCACUACCAGCGGGUGCUGCCCAGCCUGCAUCAGUCCCUCUAUGGUCUGCAGCAGGAGAUGGUCCUCGUCCUAAAGGAGAUCCUCAGCGAGUACUGCAGCAUCAGCAGCCUGGUCCAGGAGGAUCUUUUGGCCAUGCACCAGGAGAUUGCCAGUGCCAUCCAGGCCAUCGACCCUGCCACUGAGUACAGCAGCUUCAUCCAGAGCCACCAGUACGAAUCUGAGAUGCCACCAACUGUGUCCUUUGAUGAGAGCCUGCUGGAGGACACAGAAAACCUGGUGCCGGGGGAGCUGCAGCUGAAUGAGCUGACCCUUGAAAGUGUCCAGCACUGCCUGACCUCGGUUGAGGAGGAGUUGGUGGCCGCCACAGAGGCCGUGGGUAUCAAGGAGCAGCAGAUGCAGGAGCUGAAGGCAGAGAUCCAUGAUGAGGAGCAGGGCCGGAGCCCCGGGGAGCGGGUGCACUUGUUGGGCAGGCGGCAGGGGCUGCAUGAGGUGCGGCAGCAGCUCGAGGGCUGCCUGUGUGCCCAGGCCAAGCUGCAGGCACAGCGGGACCUGCUGGCCAGCAAGCUGGCAGAGCUGGGCACCAGGGACCCCCUGCCUGCCCUGCCUCUGCCAGAGGAUCGGCAGUCCGUGUCCUCCACGGAGCAGGAGCGGAGCGGGGCCAGUGCGCUGGAGACCCUCAAGAACCACAUCACGGGGAUCUUCAGCCCAAAGUACUCGCUGCCACCCCCGGUGCCCCUAAUCCCAGACGUGCAGAAGCCGCUGUGCCAGCAGGUCUGGUACCACGGGGCCAUCCCACGUUCGGAGGUACAGGAGCUGCUGACCUGCAGCGGGGACUUUCUGGUGCGGGAGAGCCAGGGCAAGCAGGAGUAUGUGCUCAGCGUGCUGUGGGACGGGCAGCCCCGGCACUUCAUCAUCCAGGCUGUCAGUGUGAGUGACCACGAGCAGGGGGGAUGGCUGGGGUGGCCUUGCAUGGGCAGGUGUGGGUUCCUGCCCAUCGCUACCUCUUGGCCUCCCUCCUUGCAGAACAUGUUUCGGCUGGAGGGUGACAGCUUCCCCACCAUUCCGCUGCUCAUCCAGCACCUCCUGCAGAGCCAGCAGCCCAUCACCCGCAAGAGUGGCAUUGUCCUGGCCAGGGCUGUGCCCAAGGACAAAUGGGUGCUUAACCACGAGGACGUGCUGCUGGGGGAACGCAUUGGUCGGGGUAACUUUGGGGAAGUGUUCAGUGGACGCCUGCGUGCUGACAACUCCCCCGUUGCUGUGAAAUCCUGCCGGGAAACCCUUCCACCUGAGCUCAAGGCCAAGUUCCUGCAGGAAGCUAGGAUUCUCAAGCAGUACAGGCACCCAAACAUUGUGCGUCUCAUCGGCGUCUGCACUCAGAAACAGCCCAUUUACAUUGUCAUGGAGCUGGUGCAGGGGGGGGACUUCCUGACCUUCCUGCGCAGCGAGGGUCCCCACCUCCGCGUGAAGGAGCUGGUCAAGAUGACAGAGAAUGCUGCUGCUGGCAUGGAGUACCUGGAGAGCAAGCACUGCAUCCACAGGGACCUGGCUGCUCGCAACUGCCUGGUGACAGAGAGGAACACCCUGAAGAUCAGUGAUUUUGGGAUGUCACGGGAAGAGGAGGAUGGCAUCUAUGCCUCCACAGGGGGGAUGAAGCAAAUCCCUGUCAAGUGGACGGCUCCUGAAGCUCUCAAUUAUGGCCGAUACAGCUCAGAGAGCGAUGUCUGGAGCUUUGGGAUCCUGCUGUGGGAAGCCUUCAGCCUGGGCGCCAUCCCCUAUGCCAACCUCAGCAACCAGCAGACGCGGGAGGCAGUAGAGCAUGGUUUGCGGCUGGACCCUCCCGAGCAGUGCCCUGAGGAGGUGUACCAGCUGAUGCAGCGCUGCUGGGAGUAUGACCCCCACAAGCGGCCCAACUUCUGCACCAUCCACCAGGACCUCAUUGCCAUCCGCAAGAGACAGCGGUGACAGGGAGCACCAGGGGCCCUGGAUCCAUCCCGUGGCACUGCUGGGGGGCACAGCAGAGCCCUGUCUGGGCAGUGGGUACAGCGGGGUGGCUGUAUGGUGCUUGAGCCCCAGGGCAGGGGCUCCUGCAUACCUCAGGGUGGGACAUGGCACCCACAGCUCCUGCCCGGCUUUGUCCUGUACAAUAAACAUUCGAGAUCUGCAGCUGUA